UCCUCUUUACAAACGUCAACGUCAAGCAAGUUCAAACUUCAAAGUCAAGUCGCAAAUGCGUGAUUUGUUGUAGUGCAUUAAAGCAUUUUUGUGAAAAAGUAAUCCGCUGCUUAUUACUAAUAACCAUCAAGUUUUAAAAAUGCCGUCAAAGCAGAGAAAAAUCGCGAUGAUGGGUUACAGAUCAGUCGGUAAAUCAUCUCUAAUUAUUCAGUUCGUAGAAGGACAGUUCGUGGAUUCAUAUGACCCCACAAUCGAAAAUACAUUUACAAAGUUCAUCCGCCUGAACUCCACCGAGUACGAGGUGAAGCUUGUGGACACGGCGGGGCAGGAUGAGUUCAGCAUAUUCCCUCUUCAGUACAGCAUGGAUUUCCACGGCUAUGUCCUGGUGUACUCCAUCAACUCCAGUAAAAGCUUUCAGAUUGUACAAAUCAUUUACGACAAACUGCUGGACAUGGUUGGAAAGAUUCAUGUACCCAUAGUAUUAGUCGGCAACAAAACAGAUCUGCAUCUUGAAAGGAAAAUCAGCACAGAGGAGGGAAAACGGUUGGCGGAGAAGUGGAAAGCAGCCUUUGUUGAGACCAGUGCUAAACGGAAUGAGUCGGUGACGGACUUGUUCCACGCAAUCCUGCUGGAGAUAGAGCGCUCGGACGGACACAUAAAGGAGAACGGCAACAGCUGUGUGUUGUGCUAGUUGAACAAACAACUGUGCUUUUUACUUAAGCUGAAGUGAACUAGAUCUAAUUUUAGAUUAUGCCUAGCUCAUAUGGGUUAACGCUGUGUUACU